AUGGCAGUAGUGAGGUUCUACAGUAAGGAGGCUGAGAGGGGGCGGGUCUUACAGACCGCUGCUCAGCUUCAACCCCAGCUGUCAAUCACCAGUGAGCUCUGCUACAAUGUUGAGCUGACAGGUGAGUGUGUUUGUGCAUGUGUGUAUAAUGUAUAUGAGUGAAAGAUACACACAAAUACUUAGGCUGACUGGCUGUCGCUAUCUGGAAGGCCAAAGUUAGUUACUUUAAGGAGCAGUUCUCUCUGUGGGUCUAACCCCAAGAAGUUCUGGACAAUGGUGAAGGAACUGGAGAAUAUUCCCUCCUCCUCACAGCUGCCCAUGUUCCUUAAUGUUGAUGAUGUGGUUGUUACUGACAAAGAGCACAUGGCUGAGCUCUUUAAUCACCACUUCAUUUGACUCAGCCAUGCCUCCUUGCUUGUCCAACAUUUCCUCAUCUCCCAGUCCUUUAAUGCGACUAUCCCUGAUGCUCCUCCCUCUUUUUCCCCUGCCCCGCUACAAAGUUUCUCCCUGCAGGCGGUCACGGAGUCCGAGGUGCUAAAGGAGCUCCUUAAACUUGACACCAAAAAACCAUCUGGGUCAGAUGGUUUAGAUCCUUUCUUCUUUAAGGUUGCAGCCCCUAUCAUCGCUGAGCCUAUCUCUCACCUUUUUAACCUGUCUCUCCUCUCUGGUGAGGUUCCCAUUGCUUGGAAGGCAGCCACUGUGCGUCCUUUAUUUAAAGGGGGAGAUCAAGCUGAUCCUAACUGUUAUGGGCCAAUUUCUAUCUUGCCCUGUUUAUUAAAGGUGUUUUGUCUAUAUUGUCUAUAAAAUUUGUCUAUAAUCAACUGACUGGCUUUUUUAAUGUCUAGUAUUCUCUCUGGUAUGCAAUCUGGUUUCCGCUCAGGUUAUGGAUGUCACUGCAACCUUAAAGAUCCUAAAUUAUGUCACCAUUGCCCUUGAUUCUAAGCAAUGUUGUGUUGCUAUUUUUAUUGACCAAAGAGUGCAGUGUAUAAAGUUAGAACAUCUGCUAUCUCAGCCACUGCCUGUCACCAAGGGAGUACCCCAAGGCUCGAUCCUAGGCCCUUCUCAAUUUACAUCAACAACAUAGCUCAGGCAGUAUAAAGCGCUCUCAUUCAUUAAUAUGCAGAUUAUAUAGUCUUCUACUCAGCUGGCCCCUCCCUGGAUUUUGUGUUAAACGCUCUACAACAAAGCUUUCUUGGUGUUCAACAAGCUUUCUCUGCCUUAACCUUGUUCUGAACACCUCCAAAACAAAGGUCAUGUGGUUUGGUAAGAAGAAUGCCUCUCUCCCCACUGGUGUGAUUACUACAUCUGAGGUUUUAGAGCUUGAUGUAGUCACCUCAUACAAGUAUGGCUAGAUAGUACACUGUCCUUCUCUCAGCACAUAUCCAAGCUGCAGGCUAAGGUUAAAUCUGGACUUGGUUUCCUCUAUCGUAAUCGCUCCUCUUUCACCCCAGCUGCCAAACUAACUCUGAUUCAGAUGACCAUCCUACCCAUGCUAGAUUAGAGAUGUAAUUUAUAGAUGUUCUUUACCAUUCGGCCUUCAGAUUUGCCACCAAUGCUCCUUAUAGGACACAUCACUGCACUCUAUACUCCUCUGUAAACUGUCCGUCUCUGUAUACCCGACGGAAGACCCACUGGUUGAUGCGUAUUAAAAAAAUAAAUUUGAAAUGAAGGUAAACAAAAAAAAGUGUCUUUAGCAAAUAUUAGACUCUAAUUCUCUCUCUCCCGUCCUCCCUCAUCUCUCUCCCUUUCCUCCCCUAGGUGCUGAGUCUCUGAGUGCAGAGCAGAGGGAGGUGCUGCUGUGGCUGUUCCGCCCCGCUUUGCAGACAGAACAGCUGUCUGACAAACCAUACCUGACAGAGGGAGAGGGAGGAACACUGGUGGAGAUUGGACCUAGGUACACACACACACCCGCGGGCCUAGAGUAUAGUGAAAUGUUCAAAUCAACCCUUGCGCCCCACUGUUGAUGUGUUGUGGUCUAAUGUUCUUUGUUUGUGCUGCCCCCUCUAGGUUGAACUUUUCAACUGCAUGGUCCACUAACGCUGUGUCCAUCUGUCAGAGUGCUGGACUGACCAGCGUCACCAGAGUAGAGCUGUCCAGAAGACUGCUGAUACAAGUACACAAAUACACAGACACACACAAUUUAGGUGCAAUUUCUCAGGCUGCCAUAUCGCACAAGGGGACAACUCCUGGGUCAAUUCUAACUCUCCUGUCCCUUUCUCUCUCCUCCCUCCAGCCCAAGGAUGGACAGAGUGAGACAGUGCUGGGUGGAGAGGUGGAGAGACUGGUCAGCAGUCUGUAUGACGGUAUGACUGAGUGUGUGUACACACAUCCCAUCUCCUCCUUCACUGUGGCAACCAAACCACAGGAAGUGUUUGAGGUAGACAUCCUGGGGAAAGGACGAGCUGCCCUGGAGACCGCUAACGACGAGCUGGGUGAGUACACACACGCACAUGUUAACGUUAGAUAUCUCAUCAGGUCUUCUAUCUGUUCCUUCCUGUCUACAGUUUUCUUUAUUUUCUCACUCUUUUUCUGAUGUCAGCUAUCUCUUGUUGUCCUCUCUAACAUUUCCUUUUCCCUCCCCCUCUCUCAUUCUCCAGUCCAUCUCCUUAUGGGAGUAUGCCUACUUUGUCACAUGAUGUGUAAUCUAAUGACAUAGAUGGUUGAAGUCACAGGACUGUGACAGUGUCAUUGAUUAGCUCACGUGUGUCUGUAAUUACACUAAGGCACACUUUGUGUGUUUGUGUAAUUAGAUUAAAGCAUGCUGUGUGAGCAGUGAUUUAACCGUUUGCAAUAUCAAUGUGUGUGUAGUAAAUUCAAUCCCUCACACUUUCUGAGAGGCCUGUGGAGUUGAAGGCUGAAUAACAAACUCACCCACAUGAACAGCUUUCCCUUGAUCACUAGUCUUAUUUUUUGAAUUGUGGCCUUGAGGAAGUGAGCUCCCUGUUUCAUCUGUCAUGUUUCAUUGUUGAUCCAAAUAACAUAUUCAAGUGUGCGUGUGUGUAGGUCUGGCCUUUGACUCGUGGGAUCUGGACUACUACACAUCGUUGUUCCAGAGAGUGAAGAGGAACCCCACCAGUGUGGAGUGUUUCGACCUCGCCCAGUCCAACAGGUAGGUGUGUUUUGUUGGUGGUGUACUCUUUAUUCUUCCUUCAGCCUAAGAGAAAGUAUUUGGUAUGUAGUAGUUGCCGUUUUUUCAUUUCCUGUCUCUGUGCCGCCCCUCCCUCAGUGAGCACAGUCGUCAUUGGUUCUUCCGGGGGCGUAUGGUGAUUGACGGACAGGAGCAGAAGGAGACUCUGUUCAGCCUCAUCAUGGACACCCAGCGUCAUAGCAACCAGAACAACGUCAUCCAGUUCUGUGACAACAGCAGGUAGGAGAGAUGGUGUAAGGAAGGACUCUUUUACAAAAUGUCACACAAUGAUGGUGUGACAUUUCAUAGCGUGUGUGUGUGUGUGUAGUGGUAUAAAGGGGAUGGAGGUGGAGUGUAUGUACCCCAGAGACCCUUGCCAGGCCAGUUCCUACGAGUUGAGACGCUCUGAAAGACACGUCAUCUUCACUGCUGAGACACACAACUUCCCCACUGGUGAGAACAUACGCACACACUCACACAGGUCAGGAGCAUGUUAAAGAGAUCUUUCAUACAUAUAUUUACACACCUUUUUGAAAUCUCCUCUCUCCCUGCCUUCCCCCUUCUUUAUUUAACCCCAGGUGUCGCUCCGUUCAGUGGUGCAACCACAGGGACAGGAGGGCGUAUCAGAGAUGUGCAGAGUGCUGGGCAGGGCGGGCACGUUGUUGCUGGCACCGCCGGAUACUGCUUUGGCAACCUCCACAUACCUGGUAAGUGUCUGGAGAGAUGUCUAUCUGUACCUGCCUCUGUCUGUCGUGAGGAUCAUGGAAAUGGCUGGAAACUUUGCUUGAGUAAAUUAUGACCAAUUGUCCAUCUCAUCUUCUCCCCCCAUCCUUCUCAUCUCUCCCCCCAUCUCAUCUUCUCCCCCAUCCAUCUCCUCUCUCCCCCCAUCCAUCUCCUCUCUCCCCCCAUCCAUCUCUUCUCUCCUCUCUCCCUCCACCCUUCUCCUCUCUCCCCCCACCCUUCUCCUCUCUCCCCCCACCCUUCUCCUCUCUCCCCCCACCCUUCUCCUCUCUCCCCCCCACCCUUCUCCUCUCUCCCCCACCCUUCUCCUCUCUCCCCCCACCCUUCUCCUCUCUCCCCCCACCCUUUUUCUCUCUCCCCCCACCCCGUUUCCUCUCUCCCCCCACCCGUCUCCUCUCUCCCCAUCCUUCUCCUCUUUCCCCCCACCCCGUCUCCUCUCUCCCUCCACCCCUUCUCCUCUCUCCCCCCCCCAUCCUUCUCCUCUCUCCCCCCCAUCCUCCUCCUCUCUCCCCCCCAUCCUUCUCCACCCUCCCCAGGUUACAGCCUGCCAUGGGAGUGUAAGGGGGAGGGGUGGGAGUACCCCCCCAGCUUCGCCUCUCCCCUGCAGGUGGUCAUCGGAGCCAGUGACGGAGCGUCGGACUACGGCAACAAGUUUGGAGAGCCAGUCCUGGCAGGUACAGACACGAUCACUGGAAACAACAGCAGCAUCUGAAAUUGCACCCUAGAAGAAAAGUGCUCAAAAUAGCCCACGUUAACAUAUGUAGCUUAAGAAACAAGGUUCAUGAAAUCAGUAAUUUGCUAGUAACAGAUUACAUUCAUAUUCUGACUAUCUCUGAAACUCACUUAGAUAAUUCCUUUGAUGAUACAGUGGUAGCAAUACAAUGUUAUAACAUUUACAGAAAAUAUAGAAAUGUCAAUGGUGGAGGUGUUGCUGUUUAUAUUCAGGAUCUCAUGUUAAAUACUGUUGAAGUAAUAUGGCUACAGGUUCAUCUGCCUCACCUAAUGCCCAUUCUGGUGGGAAGCUGCUAUAGACCACCAAGUGCUAACAGUCAGUAUCUGGAUAACAUGUGUGAAAUGCUUGAUAAUGUAUGUGAUAUCAAUACAAGAGGUAUACUUUCUGGGUGAUUUAAAUAUUGACUGGCUUUCAUCAGGCUGCCCACUCAAGAGAACGCUUCAAACUGGCGGCAGGUAGCUUAGUGGGUAAGAGCGUUGUGCCAGUAACCGAAAGGUCGCUGGUUCUAAUCCCCGAGCCGACUAGGUGAAAAAUCUGUCGAUGUGCCCUUGAGCAAGGCACUUAACCCUAAUUGCUCCUGUAAGUCGCUCUGGAUAAGAGCGUCUGCUAAAUGACAAAAAUAAAUAAAUAAAUAAAUAAAAAUAAGAUAGAAAAAUGAUAAAAAAUAUAUUUCCAAAAAAAAUAAUGUAACCGGUGCCUGCAACCUAGUUCAGGUUAUCAGGGUAGUUACAAACAGUACAGGAAUGAAAUCAUCAACAUGUAUUGAUCAUAUCUUUACUAAUGCUGCAGAGAUUUGUUUGAAAGCAGUAUCCAAAUCCAUUGGAUGUAGUGAUCACAAUAUCGACAACAAACUUUCAGCAGGCUUAUAGAGAAGGACAUUCAACAAGCACAGCACUUACACAAAUGACUGAUGAUUGGCUGAGAGAAAUUGAUGGUAAAAAUAUUGUGGGGGCUGUUUUGUUAGAUUUCAGUGCGGCUUUUGACAUUAUCGAUCAUAGUCUGCUGCUGGAAAAACGUAUGUGUUAUGGCUUUACUCCCCCUGCUACAGUGCCUUGCAAAAGUAUUCAUCCCCCUUGGCGUUUUUCCUAUUUUGUGAAAUGUCAAAUGUCAGAAUAAUAGUAGAGAAUGAUUUAUUUCAACUUUGAUUAUUUUCAUCACAUUCCCAGUGGGUCAGAAGUUUACAUACACUCAAUUAGUAUUUGGUAGCAUUGCCUUUAAAUUGUUUAACUUGGGUCAAACGUUUCGGGUAGCCUUCCACAAGCUUCCCACAAUAAGUUGGGUGAAUUUUGGCCCAUUACUCCUGACAGAGCUGGUGUAACUGAGUCAGGUUUUGUAGGCCUCCUUGCUCGCACACGCUUUUUCAGUUCUGCCCACAAAUGUUCUAUAGGAUUGAGGUCAGGGCUUUGUGAUGGCCACUCCAAUACCUUGACUUUGUUGUCCUCAAGCCAUUUUGCCACAACUUUGAAAGUAUGCUUGGGGUCAUUGUCCAUUUGGAGGCCUAUUAGCGACCAAGCUUUAACUUCCUGACUGAUGUCUUACAUUUACAUUUUAGUCAUUUAGCAGACGCUCUUAUCACGAGCGACUUACAGGAGCAAUUAGGGUUAAGUGCCUUGCUCAAGGGCACAGACAGAUUUUUCACCUCGUCGGCUCAGGGAUUAGAACCAGCGACCUUUCUUAUACUGGCACAACGCUCUUAACCACUAAGCUACCUGCCGCCUGAGAUGUUGCUUCAAUAUAUCCACAUAACUUUCCUUCCUCAUGAUGCCAUCUAUUUUGUGAAGUGCACCAGUCCCUCCUGCAGCAAAGCACCCCCACAGCAUGAUGCUGCCAUCCCCGUGCUUCACGGUUGGGAUGGUGUUCUUCGGCUUGCAAGCAUCCACCUUUUUCCUCCAAACAUAAUGAUGGUCAUUAUGGCCAAACAGUUAUAUUUUUGUUUCAUCAGACCAGAGGACAUUUCUCCAAAAAGUACGAUCUUUGUCCCCAUGUGCAGUUGCAAACCGUAGUCUGGCUUUUUUAUGGCGGUUUUGGAGCAGUGGCUUCUUCCUUGCUGAGCGGCCUUUCAGGUUAUGUCGAUAUAGGACUUGUUUUACUGUGGAUAUAGAUGUCUUGGAAUGGCCUAGUCAAAGCCCAGACCUCAAUCCAAUUGAGAAUCUGUGGUAUGACUUAAAGAUUGCUGUACACCAGCGGAACCCAUCCAACUUGAAGGAGCAGGAGCAGUUUUGCCUUGAAGAAUGGGCAAAAAUCCCAGUGGCUAGAUGUGCCAAGCUUAUAGAGACAUACCCCAAGAUACUUGCAGCUGUAAUUGCUGCAAAAGGUGGCUCCUACAAAGUAUUGACUUUGGGGGGGUGAAUAGUUAUGCACGCUCAAGUUUUCUGGUUUUUUGUCUUAUUUCUUGUUUGUUUCACAAGAAAAAAUGUUUUGCAUCUUCAAAGUGGUAGGAAUGUUGUGUAAAUCAAAUGAUACAAACCCCCCAAAAAUCCAUUUGAAUUCCAGGUUGUAAGGCAACAAAAUAGGAAAAAUAGUCCAAGGGGGGUGAAUACUUUCGCAAGCCACUGUAUAUUGUGGAUACAGAGUUACCUGUCUAACAGAACACAGAGUGUUCUUUAAUGGAAGCCUCUCCAACAUAAUCCAGGUAGAAUCAGGAAUUCCCCAGGGCAGCUGUCUAGGCCCAUUACUUUUUUCAAUAUUUACUAAUGACAUGCCACUGGCUUUGAGUAAAGCCAGAGUGUCUAUGUAUGUGGAUGACUCAACACUAUACAUGUCAGCUACUACAGCGACUGAAAUGACUGCAACACUUAACAAAGAGAUGCAGUUAGUUUCAGAGUAAGUGGCAAGGAAUAAGUUAGUCCUACAUAUUUCUAAAACUAAAAGCAUUGUAUUUGGGACAAAUCAUUCACUAAACCCUAAACCUCAACUAGAUCUUGUAAUAAAUAAUGUGGAAAUUGAGCAAGUUGAGGUGUCUAAACUGCUUGUAGUAACUCUGGAUUGUAAACUGUCAUGGUCAAAACAUAUUGACACAACAGUAAUUAAGAUGGGGAGAAGUAUGUCCAUAAUAAAGCGCUACUCUACCUUCUUAACAGCACUAUCAACAAGGCAGGUCCUACAGGCCCUAGUUUUGUCACACCUGGACUACUGUUCAGUCGUGUGGUCAGGUGCCACAAAAAAGGACUUGACUUCAUCACUACUUGUAUUUAUUAGAGGUAUUGACAUGUUGAAUGCAUCGAGCUGUCUGUUUGAACUACUGGCGCACAGCUCGGACACAUGCAUACCCCACAAGACAUGCCACCAGAGGUCUCUUCACAGUCCCCAAGUCCAGAAAAGGCUAUGGGAGGCGCACAGUACUACAUAGAGCCAUGACUACAUGGAACUCUAUUCCACAUCAAGUAACUGAUGCAAGUAGUAAAAUUAGAUUAAAACAACGGAUUAAAAAAACACCCUAUGGAAGAGCGGGGACUGUGAAGCAACACAAACAUAGACACAUGCAUACACACACACGGUAACAUAUGCGCUAUACACACACGUACACAUAGGUUUUGUACUGUAGAUAUGUGGUAGUGGUGGAGUAGGGGCCUAAGGGCACACAGUGUGUUGUGAAAUCUGUGAAUGUAGUGUAAUGUUUAAAAUUAUAUGAACUGCCUUAAUUUUGCUGGACCCCAGGAAGAGUAGCUGCUGCCUUGGCAGCAGCUAAUGGGGAUCCAUAAUAAAUACAAAUAUAGUGCUGCUGAAGUACUUCAAUAGUAGUGCGCUAUAUAGGGAAUAGAGUGCCAUUUCAUACACCCUGAUCAAAAGUGGUGCAACGUCUAGGGAAUAGGGUCCCAUUUCAGACUUAACCAACAUGAGAGAAACUUUUUUUGUUGUUGGUUGAAACCACAGUAGGUAAACUUGCUCUCUGUCUCCAUCCAGGCUUUGCUCGGUCCUUCGGCAUGCGACUGGCCAGUGGGGAGAGGAGAGAGUGGAUCAAACCAAUCAUGUUCAGCGGUGGGCUGGGCUCCAUCGAAGACGCACAUGUGAAGAAGGAGCAGGCGGAGAAAGGUGAGAUCUUUGGUUAGAGCUGAUUGGUCAACGCGUGGAAAUCGACUAGGUCAUUUAUUGACAUUAUAUGAUUAUUUUAAACAUCAUAGAAUUACUGCCAGUCUGUAAACACAACUGUUACUUGAGCUGUUGUGUUUGUCAGGAAUGGAGGUGGUGAAGAUCGGGGGUCCGGUUUACAGGAUCGGAGUGGGGGGGGGGGGCUGCCUCCUCUAUCCAAGUGCAGGGUGAUAACUCCAGUGCCAGAGACCUGGGGGCGGUGCAGAGAGGAGAUGCUGAGAUGGAACAGAAGAUGAACCGGGCUCUCAGGGCCUGUCUGGAGAGAGCGGGAGGAAACCCUAUCUGUAGUAUACAUGACCAGGGGGCGGGGGGCAAUGGUAAGGAGAGUGUGUGUGUGACAAAGCUGAGGAACGGAAGUCUGAGUUGUGAUUGAUUGUGUAUUUGUGUGUUAGAUUUUGUAGUUGUGUGUUGGGUGUGUAGUUGUGUGCUGGGUGUUGGAUUAAUGUAGUUGUGUUGUAGGUAACGUGUUGAAGGAGCUGUGUGAGCCGGCGGGAGCUGUGAUCUAUUGCAGCAGGUUUAAGAGAGGAGACCCCACCCUCAGUGUGUUGGAGCUGUGGGGGGCGGAGUACCAGGAGAGCAACGCCAUGCUCAUCCGCCAAUCAGAUCACUCCUUCCUGGAGAGGGUGUGUCAGAGGGAGAAGUGCCCUGUUGACUUUGUAGGAAACAUCACCGGAGAUGGAAAGGUAAAGAGAGGGAGGGAGGAAAGGGGAGAAUUUCUGCUCACAACUGAAUCACAUUCUUUUUCAUUUUACCACACAACUUUCAAAUGGGUUGUGAGUGAUCUUAAUAAUGGUCUCUCUCCAUGUGUAGAUAGUGCUAGUGAAUGAUGUGGGUGUUGGUGCAGGAGAGGACAAGACAGACAGAGUGCGCUGUCCUGUAGACCUCCAUCUGGACUGGGUGCUGGGGAAGAUGCCCCAGAAGGACUUUGUCAUGGAGAGGAUGACCCCUGACCUCAAGCCUCUGUCUCUUCCCACUGGGCUGGGUGUAAGAGAUGCCCUAGACAGAGUCCUACGCCUGCCCGCCGUCGCCUCCAAACGCUACCUUACUAACAAGGUGUGUGUGUUUUAGGGAUUUCACUCUCAGUAGUAUUUGAUCCUCACGUUAAAAACAUUAAAAAAAUUAAAUUAAGGCCGUUAGGUUUAGUACCGUAAUUUUCGGACUAUAAGCCGCGCCUUUUUUCCAAAUUUUUCAACCCUGCGGCUUAUAUAACGGUGUGGCUAAUCUAUGGAUUUUUACAGCUAACGGCCACUAGAAGACCUCCUAAAUCUAUGGAUUUUACAGGUUACAGUCCACCAACUUUAACUCUAUGGGCUCUAUGACCGGUCUGCGCCCCCCACCUUUAAGUGGCGGGCUCCAGCAGGAAAAGCUGGAGGCCGGAAAAGAGUGAGACGGGUAGCGCGCAAAAGUAAAAGUGGAACCGAGAGUGGUACGAGAGACAGAACGAGAGACAGAACGAGAGCAAGACAGACAUUACGAGAGCGAGACAGUUUGUCUCUUUCCCGACAAUCCCCUCUGUGCACGAACCCUUACAUAUGGUAAUUAAACAUUAAAAGACCUGCGGCUUAUAUAUGUACACAUCAUUCAAUAUCAUUCAAUUUAGCUGCUGCGGCUUAUACUCCGGUGCGCCUUAUAGUGCGGAAAAUACGGUAAAUAAAAUGUUUUGGUAGAGAGAGAAGCUCUGAGCUCGUUUUGUAUCCUCUGUCUCCCUUAAUCUCUCUCUCUCUCUUCUGUGUCUCCGUCCCUCCCUCUUCUGUGUCUCCGUCCCUCCCUCUUCUGUGUCUCCAUCCCUCUCUCUUCUGUGUCUCCAUCCCUCUCUCUUCUGUGUCUCCAUCCCUCUCUCUUCUGUGUCUCCAUCCUCUCUCUUCUUGUCUCCAUCCCUCUCUCUCUGUGUCUCCAUCCCUCUCUCUUCUGUGUCUCCAUCCCUCUCUCUCUGUGUCUCCAUCCUCUCCUUCCCUCUCUCUUCUGUGUCUCCAUCCCUCUCUCUUCUGUGUCUCCAUCCCUCUCUCUUCUCUGUCUCCAUCCCGCUCUCUUCUCUGUCUCCAUCCCGCUCUCUUCUGUGUCUCCAUCCCUCUCUCUUCUGUGUCUCCAUCCCUCUCUCUUCUGUGUCUCCAUCCCUCUCUCUUCUGUGUCUCCAUCCCUCUCUCUUCUGUGUCUCCAUCCCUCUCUCUUCUCUUCUGUCUCCAUCCCUCUCUCUUAUCUUCUGUCUCCAUCCCUCUCUCUUCUGUGUCUCCAUCCCUCUCUCUUCUGUGUCUCCAUCCCUCUCUCUUCUGUGUCUCCAUCCCUCUCUCUUCUGUGUCUCCAUCCCUCUCUCUUCUGUGUCUCCAUCCCUCUCUCCCCUCCCUUUCUCAGGUGGACCGGUCCGUUACAGGUCUGGUUGCCCAGCAACAGUGCGUUGGUCCUCUCCACACCCCAUUGGCUGAUGUCGCUGUCGUUGCUCUAUCGCCAUUCGGCCUGAAGGGGGCGGCAACCGCCAUCGGGGAACAACCAAUCAAAGGUCUCGUUUCCCCGGGGGCGGGAGCUCGCAUGGCCGUGGGGGAAGCGCUGACCAAUCUGGUGUUUGCUGAAGUCACAGCUCUGAAGGUAAUCGAAUAUAACAGGGGCACGGUUAGAAUCACAGCCCUGACAGGAACAGAAAAUUAUAGGCAUGCAAUGAUCACAGUAAGAGAUAAUUAUAAGGGUGCAAUGAAAUUGACCACAGUCAAAGCCCUUCAGAAAGACAGAAAACUUAGCAAAAAUCAGCACCAGUCUCUCUGUGCUAAGUGCUGACUGUGUGUGUGUUCUCAGGAUGUAAAGUGCAGUGGUAACUGGAUGUGGGCGGCAAAGCUCCCUGGUGAAGGGGCAUGUCUCUGGGAGGCGUGUCAGGCCAUGUGUGAUGUCAUGGGUCAGCUGGGUGUGGCCAUCGAUGGAGGGAAGGACUCACUGAGCAUGGCUGCUAGAGUUGGGACAGAGACUGUCAAAGCACCAGGUACAUUGUGUGUGUGUUUAGGGGUCUGUGUGUGUGUUUGGGACAGGCAGUGUGUUUUUUAGUACAGUGUGUGUUGUGUAUAAAUCUGUCUUCUCUCUAGGUGCUCUGGUCAUCUCUGUGUAUGCUGUGUGUCCUGACAUCACGGCUACUGUUACCCCUGACCUGGAGAACCCUGACGGCCAAGGUACGCUACUCACGCAUACACACACACACUCUUGAACAGACACAUUCACACAGCACAUCACAAUACUGACACAGCUCAACAUUUAAACCUUUUCCACACACACACACCUCUCUAACAUUCCUCCUCUCCAGGUGUGUUGCUGUGGGUUCCCGUGAGUCCAGGUCACUACAGACUGGGAGGGUCAGCUCUGGCCCAGUGUUACGGUCAGUUAGGUGACCACUCACCUGACCUCGACCGCCCGGAGCUACUGACUGCCUGCUUCAAUACCACACAGAUCCUUCUACACGGUCAGUCACGCUUUAUAUCAGUAUGUCUAAUAUACUGUAACUGUACUGUCUGCUGAGUGUAUCAUACCAGUGUAUUAUAGUCAGUAUUGUAUCAUACCAGUGUACUGUCGGAGUGUAUUGUAGAAGUGUGUUAUGUGUGUUGCAGACCGCCUGCUGAGUGCAGGACAUGACAUCAGUGACGGAGGGCUCCUUUCCUGUCUGCUUGAGAUGGCGUUCGCAGGGAAUCGUGGGAUAGACGUGGACCUGCCCUCUCUGGGUGCUGGAGGUCAGUAUGACAGAGAAUUCCAUUACUUUAUUUAAACCCCUAAGGGGCAAGGAAGGCAUCAAUAUUCUCUAUAUGCAAUACAUACAACACAGAGCUCUCUCACUUACCAUCUCUCCCUCUCUCUAUGUCCCCUCCCCCUCUCUUCCUAUAGUCCUGGAGGUGUUAUUCAGUGAGGAGUUGGGCUUGGUAGUGGAGGUGUGUAAGAGGGACGUGGAGAGUGUGUGUCAGAGGUACACACACGCUGGACUACAGUGUCACCGCAUCGGCACCACCCAAGGCUUCGGACCAGAGUCCAUGGUGAGACAGACACACUAUUUAUAUCACUAUUGUUUGUCUUGGAUGAUCAUAUCGUGCAGAAUCCUAAGUUAGAUACUUAAGCAGUAAGGCCCGGGGGGUGUGGUAUAUGGCCAAUAUACCAUGGCUAAGGGCUGUUCUUAAGUGCCUGGAUACAGCCCUUAGCUGUGGUAUAUUGGCAAUAUACUGUACCACAAACCCCCAAGGUGCCUUAAUGCUAUUAUAAACUGGUUACCAACCUAAUUAGAGCAGUACAAAUAAAUGUUUUGUCAUACCCAUGGUAUAUGGUCUGAUAUACCACGGCUAUCAGUAUUCAGGGCUCGAACCACCCAGUUUAUAAUAUAGAAUUGAGCACUUGACUCAAACUCAGAUAAGUAAUGCAUUGAUAUCAAUGUUUUUUGGGGGAUGUUGUUUAAUUUUUGUUGUUGUUGACAUUGUCCUUCCUCUUCCUGUCUCAGGUCAGAGUUCAUGUGGACGGACAGGAAGUGCUGAGAGAGCGUCUGCCCAGCCUCCGGGCGUUGUGGGAGGGCACCAGUUUCCAGCUUGAGCGCCUGCAGGCCAAUCAGCUGUGUGUACAGCAGGAAGAGGAGGGGCUAGCCUCACGCACACAGCCCUACUUCAAACUCACCUUUGACCCCAUGGAGAAACCCAGCAUGAACGGUCUGGGUGCAGGCCAGCCUCGCGUGGCUGUGGUCAGAGAGGAGGGCAGCAACGGAGACAGAGAGAUGGCCGUCUCUCUCUACAUGGCUGGCUUUGAGGUACCGCGCACACAUACACACAUACACAUACAUACACCUAAUUUGUUUGUGACACGUCUCUCUCUCUGUGUCUAUAUCUAGGUAUGGGAUGUGACCAUGCAGGACCUGUGUUCAGGCUCUUUAACUCUAGAGAUCUUCAAGGCUCUGGUGUUUGUAGGAGGAUUCAGCUAUGCAGACGUCCUGGGCUCAGCUAAAGGUAAGCACAAAGGCACACGCAUACAACAUGUACACAUACACACUCAUAUUCGCUUUAACCCUGUGUGUGUCUGUCUCCUGAUAGGCUGGGCUGCCACGGUGACCUAUAACCCCCGGGCCAGGGCGGAGUUUGAGCAAUUCCGCCGUCGUGACGACACGCUGAGUCUGGGUGUUUGCAACGGCUGUCAGCUCCUAGCCCUGCUGGGAUGGGUCGGAGAGGGGGAGGAGGGAGGAGGUGGUAGGCUAACCGUUUGGCUUUGGUGUCUACUUACUACAGUUUUCUUCCCAGAGAGUGAUUCAGCAAGACAAAGAUUAAUUUGAAGACUCUAUUUUGAGUACUGUUCCCUUAGACAUGACAGUCCCACUCACCCUCUUGCUGUGUGUUUGUCUCUACAGAGUCUGAGGUGGUCCUGACCCAUAACCAGUCCGGCAGGUUUGAGUCGAGGUUCGUCAGUGUGGGGAUCAAGGCCUCUCCUUCAGUCUGGCUCCGGGGCAUGGAGGGCUCUGCCCUGGGCGUCUGGGUGGCUCACGGGGAAGGUACAAUAAUCUUUAAAUAAUCUUCAGCCUAUCGAGCGUCAUAGACAACUAUUGCAAUUUUCGACAUGAUAAAUGUUGGCAAUGAUGCACGAACACCAAGGGUCAUCCAACUGAAACAAGGUUAUCUGUAAACGGUGUCCUUAUCCUCCCUCUCCAUCUUCUCCCUCUCUCCAGGUCUGGUUCAGUUCCGUUCCCCCCAGGUUCAGCAGCGUAUCAUCUCCUCCAGCCUCGCCCCCCUCCGUUACCUAGAUGACACGGGCGCACCCACUGAAGUGUACCCCCAGAACCCUAACGGCUCUCCCCAGGGCCUGGCGGGGCUGAGCUCCAGGGAUGGGCGCCACCUGGCCAUGAUGCCCCACCCGGAGCGCUGUACCUUGGGCUGGCAGUGGCCAUGGGCCCCAAGGGAGCUCCGGAGCUCCCUCAGCACCACCUCUCCCUGGCUACGCAUGUUUACUAACGCUGCUGCCUGGUGUAGUCAUCAACAGUGAGGGAGCUAGCUAGACAACACCGCUCUUUCACACUGUAGUCCAACUGUGGAAAUCAGAAUUGGGCUUGAAUGUCAGUUGCACUGCUGAAAUGGUCAAACAUUCCUAUUACUACCCCACAUCAUUACACGUUAUUCACUGUUCUGUUUUAACUGAACGCUGAAAUCAGUCUUUGUGUCAUUGUGACUUAAAAUAGUAUUUUCUGAAACUGAAAAGUAUUUGCAUAAAAUGUUUUACAUUCCAGAGAAUCAAUGCUGAAACAGACCCCACCAAUCACUGCACCGUGGUCAAAAGUAUCUGAUCAAUCACUUGAGCUGUCUUUAACAUUACAAAGGUCACGGUACUACUAACACAGUUUGAUUGGUCCUCUGUUUAUCACUGGUACGGUUCAAUUAUAUUGGGAGAUUUUGUAAUUUACUGACAAAUUGACAAAUGGUUUAAGAACUGUUAUUUUCUAUCAAACUGAGAACUAAUUAAAUAUAUUUCAAAGUGGAGAUGGAAUAACUGAUACAAUGAUAAUGUAUAUUUUAAUGUGUAGUUGAAUGUCUAUAUUGUAUUUUGAUGUGUAUUGUUCUGCUAAACAGGGCUCAAUAGUCAUUGGUCUCAGCAUUGACUCCCUGUUCAAUAAGGACGAAGAACAAACUUUCAGAACAAUAAAUACAUCAUUUAUAGAAUUUUACAAGUAUUCACAAUAUUAAUAUCAAGUAUUUACAGUUUCAUUUUAUAGUACUGACAUCACUGAGAAACCGCAGGGUUGCAUUGAGCAGGGUGCAAUAUAAUAGGUCUACAUUUAAGCUGCACCCCCCUGAACAGACCCCAGGCUUCAUUGAACCACUGAAGGCCAUUGAUAACGAUGAUAACACGGUCACCAAAAUAAAGGCUACAGGUAGGGUUGCAAAAUUCCAGGAACGUUCAAUAAAUUCCCUGUUUUUUUUCC